CGGGACUCGCUGGCCUGGGCGGCUGUAGGGCCCUGGAAGCACCGAUCCGCCCCGGUCCUGCGGGCUGGCUCCUGCCGCUCCGCCCCACCACUGGGGCUGGAGCCGGAGCCGCCGCCGCCUCCCGCGGCCCGUCAGCCCCAGCCGCGCCGAUGCCACGUGGGAGGCGGAGGAGCCGCCGCCGGCGCCGGCUUGGAGCCCCGGGCCCCCCCCAGGCGCAGGGGGCGCCGCUGGCGGGGCUUCGAGAGGCGGGAGGCUCCCGGGAGCGGGCGGGGCUCGGCCUGCCCCGCUGGGCCCCGCGGGCGGAGGGGCUCGGCGGCGCCCAGGGAGAGCUGGGCCUAGCGGGGCUGCUCCCGGCCCCGCCCGGUAGCGCGGCGGGGCCUGCCGGGGUCUCCCACCCGUGGGCCGCCCCCGUCCCGCUCCUCGCCCCGCUCCUGGCCCCGCCGGCCCCCCGAGCGCAGGGCAGCGGCCUGCCCGCCGCGCUGGGCAUCUUCCGGGAGCUGGCCGGGCUGGCGCGGGAGCCGGGGCCCGGGGGCAGCAGGGCGGGGGCGGCGCCGCGGCUGAGGACCGUGUACGUGAACCCCCGGUGGCUGGAGCGGCAGGCGGCCUUGGCGGCGGCCCCGGAAGGCCCGGUCGGGCCGCAGGGCCUGGAGGCUGCGAGCGGCUCGCCGGGGCCUCCGCCCGCCACCCAGGGGGAGCCCUGCCCGGAGGCAGCGAGUCCCUACGUGGGGUUGCGGAGACCCCUGGGCUAUCAGCUGGCGAAGGCCACCAAGGAGCAGAUCUGGAGGGGGGAGUUCAUUGACCUGUUCUCCUUGCUCCACACAGAGCUGGCCCCGGAGCACGAGCCUGGCCAGGGCCUGGGGGACACGCUGGACCAGUGGGUCUCCGCCUUCCUGGUGUACGCCAGUGUGCUGUGCGAGAAGCACCCCAACAGGUGUGGGGCCAUGUUCAAAUACCUGGAUGUCAUCCGCAAAUUCCACGCCACCUACGGCGGCACUUCCUGGCUGCACUAUGACGAGGACUUCAGGCGGCUGGCGGCUAAGGACCCCACCAUGGCCUGGGGGGAUGUGGACUUGAAUCUGUGGAUAAAGUGGAUGGCCCCGUUGAAGCCAUCAGCAACCAGGGAGCCGCAGGCUGCGGGUGACCAGCAGGCUCCACUGCGGUCUCAAAAUUCCAGGACAGAUGAUAAAAGUCAGACUUCUCAUUUCUGAAAUGUAGCAGAUCAAUUUUUACUUCACUGCAGAUCUUACCAUGUGAGUACUCUAAAUAUAACAUGUUAGACAUAUUUUUCAUCCUGUUAGAGAUUGGAUUUGCAGUUUGUAAUCUUAAUCAGACUCUUAAUUCUGUUAAAGGUUAUUCUAAUUAUUAGUACUGGGUAUGGAACAGCUGUUGUAUUAAUCACGAGAGGGUUUGAUCCUCUUCCUAUUGAAGUCAGGGGCAAAACUCCCUCUGAUUUCAACAGGACUAGGAUUGGGCUCCAAUUUGCAGUGUUUUCCUAAGAAUUUGAGGAAGCUGUCAGAACUUCCUAGCAUAUACAAAAGUGUUAAAUGUGUCUGGGAGGGUUAUUUUAAAUGGGUUCAGAGAAACAGUUUGUUUGUAUUUUACAGUAAGGGCUUGUCUAAAAUGAAAAAUUGUAUCCACCUUAACUAUAAUGGUAGUUAACUCUACCAGUGUAGUUAAAGCAGUAUAGCUGCCCCUAGCAUGAAUGCAGUUGUGUUGGUAUAAAAGAGCUUAUACCAGUGUAGCUUCCCAUAAGGAAAUAAUCUCUCAUACUGCCAGAACUGCAUCCACACUGGAGCACAUACAAGUAUAACUAUUUCAGUUUAAAAAAAAAUGUGCAUUCCUAACUGAAAUAGCUAUGCCAGGAUAUCCGUUAUGGACCGGACCUAAGUUAAAGUGUGAGGCUUCCAUGGCAGGGCACUGAUGAAGGCACAAAAGUGUCGUGGAGUUGCUUUCCUUAUGGGUGACCUGCAAAGGAAAACAUUUCUUUUCCUGAGCUAUUUAUUGCUCCUUUAUGAUGUAUAAAGAUGGUCUCCAAGAAAUAAAAGUUGUGUUGUCUGUUUGUGCUGGAAGACUAUAGAACUAAACGGAAUAGUAACAUCACAUUAAGCUUAAAUCUUUUUCAUUCUUGAAUGAGAGAAGGAGAUGCUGUCUUCACACAGGGAGCUUUUCUCCCAGCUGUUUGUUUGAAUAUUUCUUUUCAUUUUUUUGCUUCAUAAAAACAAAACAAUACAAAAAUUCAGUUUUAAGCUAUGUGACUAAACAUUCUUUCCUUUUACAAUUAAAGGUUGUGAAAACUACAUCUUAGAUUUCAGUUUCUUGUAAUGUUUUAUCCCCCUCAGUUCUCCUGUUCUACAGAAGGUUGAUCACAGCUAGAACAAAAUCAAGACUUGAUAUUUCUAAUCUAAAAAUUAGAAUAACUUAAAAAAAUAAAAAAACAAUUGAGGCACUCUUUACUUCAUAAGGAAGCAAUCAAGAAACAAUUUUUAAGGGCUGGAGUGAGAAACGAUAUUUUGGUUUUGGACUUGAUAGCAUCAGUGCAUCAAACUUAUGUCAAGAUUAAUUUUAGGUAAUUCUCAAUUCUUUUUAAUACCACAUUCAAAGAGGAAGCUAGUUGGAAGGGCAGUCCAACUAAAUUGGUGAGUUACAUACUAUAACUGACUAACUCUUAAAAUUUAAAUGUGUGUGCUUUUGUUAAAUACAGAAUUUUUUAUAGGUACCAACAGCCUGACUCCAUUGUUGUUUAAGUGGAGCUCAGGUAUUCUAAUGCAUCCAUUUACCUCUGUUUUUGCUACAUUGCAUGCUCUGCUAAAGAAGACAUAGGAGAUUCAUUUUACCCAACCAGCAGUUGUAGCAAUGGACUACAAUCAAGCCAAUUUGUUGGACAGUAGGAAUACUUGCAGUGCAACAUUUGACACAGACUAUCCAAAGAGGGCAAAGAUUCAGGAGGGUGAAUGAGUUGAACCGCCUUUGCAUGAAGUCUGAAACAACUUCCGGAAGGGGAAUCCUACUCUAAAAUACUGCAUAGAAAGUAUAAGUUAAAGUGAAUAUUGUAAUUACCAGAUUGUCCCUUCUCAUUCAAGCAAACUCUUUUGUGCUGUUCUGGGUCCUUAAAAGAUCACACCUGAAUAUUUCAAAAUCUGUGUACUACCCUUAUUUUAAAAAAUAUUUCAAAUAUUUGUCUUUAUUAAUUUUGCCAUUUCAUGAAGAAUAUCUGCAACAACAGGUACUGAGUUGAAAUAAUACCCUACAUUCAAUAGAUCAGCAGCUGUUGACAGUUUUAUAAGAUUCACACAACAUUUCCUCUCUUUUUCCUCUGGGGGAAAAGAAGCAUUAACUUCCAUUGGCACCUUCAAAGAAGCCAUAGGGCUGUCAUACAUACCUCGCUUCUUCUCCACAUAGAGAUGACAAAUUAUUCUGCCAUGCAUCCCAAUAGUAUAUCUAGCAUUGUAAAUAUCGGGUUAUGAAUGGUUAUUGUCUGGUGCCAAUGAAAGUUAGAUUAGAUGGAUCAUGGCUUAAUUAUUUUUUUUUCCAGUGUUCUGUUUUUCUCUCCCCCUCAGCUCACAUACUAGGGCGUAUGAUCAAGGUGAUAAUAGUAUUAGGUAUCAGAAAAUCAACCAUUAGCUGUUCUGUUUUCCCAUUCUUGGUUGUCACAAUAUUAUGCACUAACUUGAAAUGUUUGUAAAUUCAUAUUAAAAAUGUUUGAGACCUCAUCUAAAUAAUUUUUUUAUAUAAAAAUGUCAUGCUUAACUUUUA